CUCUUGACUUGUGGAUUUGUAGGCUCAAGCCCACGGGUCUCCCGUGUCCACACGAGUGAGCCACGGUGAAAAUUAUGUGACGAAUUGUCACGGCCUUAUAGUUGCUUCCCACCACGUCAUCAUUUCCGUUGUUAGCAUUCUGCAGGAUCAAUCAUCCUGCAGGUAUUUGUAGUCUUCAUUUUUUGCUAGAGUCCUUUUGAUAUGACUCUACUGCUUCUAUGAGUCAUGUAGUUCUAAGUCUUAGCUGAGGAGUAGGUUUAGUCCUCAAGAGAGCUAAAUCGUCCUUUUCAAGGAGUCUGGACCUCUGAAGGGGUCCUAAUUGCUUUGUCAUGUUCUUCGUUUACGGUGGUAAUUGAGAUUUCUCCUCUUUCAGGGUCUUAAAACUAAAGAUCACGUCCGGCAGAUACACUUAAUAUCAUCUAUUCAACUAUUUAACAAAAGGUAUCAGUAUUCUUCAUCAAUCCUAGCAUCUGCCGCUGGUGUUUGUGUGGAAGACCAAAGCGCGACGAGGACUUUCACAUCAAAACAACGUGCUCCCUUCUUUUCAUUUUCAUUUCUCUCUCUUCUUUUUUCUCAUUCAAUUUCAUCCUUUAUCUCCUCUAUUAAUUAAUUAAAUUAAUUGUUAAUUAAUUAGUAGUAAAUUCAUUGUAUUUGCUUGUGUAUAUAAAAUUGGUCUACAAUCUACAUGUAUAUCAAUUGUCAGGUUUAUUCCUGCUAAUUUGCAAUUUGUAAUUUCUUCCUUUGAAUGUACGCGUAACCUUUAAUUGUUUGACAAGGCCGCUUCUUUCAACCUGGGUGCCCUCCAUUUUUCUUGUUGAAGGGUCUUGAAUUUGGGACAUUUCAACAACAAAGCAAGUAAUCACCUGUGAUAUUGAAUCAUUAUUAUUUCCAUUUGUUUCUUGCUUAUCAUAUCCACUGUGAUCUUGAACAAAUGGAAUGUUAAUUGCCUUUCUGCAGUUUUCCCUUUAAUAGCAACAUGAAAUUGUGAAUUUGGAGCUGAAUAAUCUUUUGGAGGACUUGUUCAGGGAUGAAGUCCAUGUUUAAGCAGGUCCUCUUACUAUUUUUCAUUUUUGUGGCUCUUGGUGGUAAUGUCAAGGCGGAGUCUGGAAAGGUUGGUAGUCAGAGGUUAAGGGUUGCACCGUUGAAAGAUUUUCGAAAUGAUGUUACCGAAGGCACAGGUGCUAAAGAUGUCUUCAGUACUGAGUCCACUUCCAGCAAUCUUAAUGAGGGGAAAGGUGGGAACACUAAAGUUUCUGUCACAACAGUUGCUUUAUUUACAUUAGCAAUGGCUGCUGCUAGUGGUUUUGGGGCAAUUCCAUUCUUUUUCGUUGAGCUUGAUCCUCGAUGGGAGGGAUUAUGCAAUGGAAUGGCUGCUGGGGUCAUGCUGGCUGCAAGCUUUGAUCUUAUACAGGAAGGCCAGGAAUAUGGUCAUGGAAGCUGGGUUGUCUUUGGGAUAUUGUCUGGUGCUAUAUUCAUUUCACUUUGUAAGAAGGUCCUAGAUCGGUAUGGUGAGGUAAACAUGCUAGACUUAAAAGGUGCAGAUGCAGCAAGAGUAGUUCUUGUGAUUGGUAUCAUGACACUACAUGCUUUUGGGGAGGGUGCUGGUGUUGGUGUUUCAUUUGCUGGUUCAAGAGGUUUAUCACAAGGUCUUCUAGUGACUUUAGCUAUUGCUGUUCACAAUAUACCAGAAGGAUUGGCUGUCAGUAUGAUGCUCGCCUCUAAGGGGGUUUCUCCUCAAAAUGCAAUGCUAUGGAGUGUGCUGACCUCCUUGCCUCAGCCCUUAGUAGCAGUACCAGCAUUUGUCUGUGCUGAUGCGUUCAACAAAUUCUUGCCAUUCUGUACUGGCUUUGCUGCUGGAUGUAUGAUCUGGAUGGUUAUUGCAGAAGUUCUUCCAGAUGCGUUCAAGGAAGCCUCCUCAUCUCAAGUAGCUUCAGCAGCUACACUAUCUGUGGCAUUCAUGGAAGCCCUAGGCUAUGUCUUUCAAAAUUUCAGUAGUAACUAUAAAUCAGAAGAUGUUUCUGGCUUUGUCAUCUCGUUACUUUUUGGCUUAGGGCCUCUACUUGGUGGUUUCGUCCUUGUUGCAUUUGCUGUUGCAUUUCAUCUCCAGCAUGCACUGUUGACUGGUCUAGCUUGUGGAAUUGCUUUUGUCCUCGGCGCUUGGCGACCUAUCCAGUUACUUUUAUCCUCUAAAAUGGGGCUUCUUCCCCUGUUAAUGUUACUUGCAUUGGGAGCCAUCAUCGUACAUGUUCUAACUUCCAGCAUCUUGAACGUGGUUAAACAAAAGAGGAAUUCGAGCAAUUCCGUGCUCUCUGUUACCGGCUGUUCAUUGAGUGCCUUAACACUUCAGUCAUUUUUAUCAUGCACAGCAAUCGCUUUCCAUGCUUUGGCAGAAGGCCUUGCGCUGGGAGUUGCAGCACCAAAAGCCUACGGGAUCGGACAGUAUAUAGUUCUUCCUGUGUCUCUACAUGGGUUAAUCCGUGGAGCUGCUGCAGCGAGUAGCAUCUUGGCGGCAACAGAUAACUGGCAUGGGUCGCUUGCAGCUGCAACAUUUAUUGGGUUGGUGGGCCCAGUGUCAGCAAUCGGAGCUAUAAUAACAGGGAUAGACUAUAACGGGCUGGACCACUUGAUGGUGGUUGCAUGCGGGGGUUUACUUCCAAUAUUCGGAAGUAUAGUAGCGAGAGCAGUGAAGUUAGAUCGACCAAAGUGCAGUUUUGGUAUGAUAAUCGGAUUAGGUUUUGCUAGUGUGUGUCUAACGUUUACGAAAGUGCUCUGCUUGAAUACACCCUACUGCAACUCUGCACCAGAAGCGGUUAGAUGUUGAAAUAUUAUGUUCAAACUAUGAAACAUGGAGACUAAUAGAUAGUAUAUCAAACUGCGGAAUAGUGUUGUCUGUUGGUGUGUGCGACAUAUUCUCCAUCAGGCUGUACAUCUGAUUUACACACACUUAGUUUGUACAGCAAAAUUUGUGACUUGCGACUGUAUCUGUAUAACUUGUCUUUUGACUUCCAUCAUUACUGAAUAUUAAGCUACAAUUGAAUUUGAUCAAUGCUUUAUUACUAUUAAGUUUUAAAA